CUAAUCUAGUCGAAUUCGAGCCAAUAUCAAAGAUAUUAUUUUCAUCCCUACUUUUAUGUUUUUAUUCUCCUUUUAUCUCAACUCUUGGAUCAAGCAUGAAAAAGAUUUUUUUUUUUUUGGGCCAUUAGAUUCCUCUGGAGAAGAGGUAGAACAAAGUUCACCGAUACAAAGACACUACCGACUACCUAACCAAGCAACAAAGUCGAACCUCUGAAGAACCCGAGGCGACAAAACCAGAGCAUGACGAGCUACCGAAUGAAUUGUUCUAUUAUUAGUUCUACCUACGAAACAUAGUGAAACCGAAGGGGAAAAAACUUGAAGCAGAAGAGCAAUCUCUUGAAGAAGAAUCACAAUCUUCGAAUCACUAGUUUCGCCUGCUCGACAUUUAUCAAUCAGAUUUUUAGCAUCACCUUGAACGCAAAGAUUCAGCAAUCUGUGCUGAGUACAGUGUCGAAGGCAGUCUCGAAGAGCCAAAGCUUCAAGCACAUACCGAUCAGACACAUCCAUCAUAACGAGAAUGGGGUUGGCUCGAGAAGAUCCGGACAAACCAGCCCAAUUAUUUUUUUUUUAAAGAGCCCACGCUGUACAUGGGCGCUGAGCCGUGCUUGGGCCGGCACGGGCACGUUUCGGGCCCAUUUAUUUCGUGGCGUGCCAUGCAAGCCCAUUUGUUAACUUUGCUAGGCCCAGCCCAGGCCCCGGCACGGUUCGAAUCGUGUCGUGCCUAUUCGUGCUCAUGUCGUACUCGUAUUCGUGUUUAAUGAAAAGGACGAAAACAAAAGAGAGAAUGAAAACGAAGGUGAAAAUUGGACGGGGGAAGAUAGUAUUAACCUAUAAUGUUUGAGAAAAGUAACAGAUAAGGGGGAAAAGAAAAUUGAAAGUAUAGGGAAUGUGAUUGGGCUUUGUAUAAUUCUUUGUCAAUUUCUACUUAUGUUAGUAAUUACGUAUAUAUCUUUAUGACACUUCUAACAACAACAAAUAAUUAUUUUUCUACUUGUGUUUUGUAAUAUUUGAACCUGUAAUUCUUUUUAUAUUUAUUUUCUAUCAAAUAAAUAAUAUUUUCGUGCCAUGUAUGUUCUUAUAUUAUAUAAAAUAUCAAAAAUAUUAGGUUCGACACGACUCACUAAUAUACCGUGUCGUACCCGUACUCAUUCUGGUGCCCAUGAAGUUUAGACCCGGCACGAUCUACAAAUUAUUCGUGCGGGCUUCAUUUAUUCCGUUCUCGUGCUGUCGUGGCCACGUACAGCCCACGCCCAGCCGUACUAGAGAAAAGUUCGCCCUCCUACGAAUCCGACGGUGACUAGGCCAAGGAACGAAGAUAACGUUAUCCAUCACUCCCCACCGGAGACGUCGCCACGUAGGACACACAAUCGAGAUCACCUACUCCCCCAUUUUUCAUAUCUCAAUUCCUCACCUCUCAUUUCCCCGCAUCCUAAACAAAUACCCUAAAACCUCCCUCCUUACUAAUCGUCUUUGUUUCUCGGCGAGAAAAGUCACGAACCAAAACCUCCAGUCCAGAGAGCGCUAAGAAGACAACUCACAAACCCUCUCAGAGAAGAAAUGGCCGCUUCCACUUCAGCCGUGUCGAUGUCCAUGCCCCUGACUUACGCCAGCCAGAACAAGAUUGCGGCGCCGCAGGGGGGCUUCAUGUCGUUCAAGCCACUGCCGCCGGCAACCCCGUCGUCGUCGUCGUCGUCCAACGCCGGAAGGGCCAGAUCCCAAGUCGUCAGGGCUUCCCUCAGGGAGAAGGCCGUCACCGGAUUGACCGCCGCCGCGCUCACGGCUUCCAUGGUCAUCCCCGACGUGGCGGAGGCCGCCGAGGUCAGCCCUUCGCUCAAGAACUUCUUGCUCAGCAUCAUCGCCGGCGGCGUCGUGCUCACCGCCAUCAUCGGCGCCAUAGUUGGCGUGUCCAACUUCGACCCUGUCAAGCGGACCUAAGGCACGCACAAGAAGUGGGGUCGCAGUUUGUUUGUAAUACUUUUAAUGAAGAAACGCUGAAGGGAUGG